AUAUCUAAUUUUUUUAAAACUGUCAUAGUGGGAAAGUAAUGAAGAUAUAUACAGCCAUAUAGAAGCACUGAUGUUUACCUCUCUCUCACACACCAACACAAAUGAAAUUCAUUAAUGAAUUGCAAGAUGUGUGGUAGCCAUCCCAAAACAUAAUUUUUGGUGCAAAAGCCACGUCUUCGCGUCAUUCUCCAUGGCCAAGUUUACUGAUUCCAUCUCUCUCCCAAUCCCCUUCACCCUCCCUUUAAAUACGCCAUCAGCAGCGCAACACUGACACACAACCAUUUUUCAGUUAAUUUUAACACCUCUUAGGCUUUUGCCAUGCCGCGAACUAUUCUUCAAUGGCUUAGCCUAGUUGGAAUCAUUUGGCUUCAAUCCAUAAAUGGAACCAACACCAAUUUCCCUGCUUACUCAUCCCAACUCAAAGAUCUCCUCUUCAUUUCACAAAUUCAGCUCAACAAUCUUGCCUUUGCCUCUGAUGCUGGUAAGCUAUUUGGUUGGCUUUCAGGCUUUGCUGCCAAGUACUUGCCCAUAUGGCUGGUCCUUAUCCUUGGUUCAGCUCUCGGGUUGAUCGGUUAUGGAGUGCCAUAUCUCUUUCUCAUAGGCCGUAUCUCCAACUUGUCGUAUCGUCUCGUUUUCUUCCUCACUAUUCUGGCAGGAAAUAGCAUUUGCUGGAUCAACACCGUUUGCUACCUAGUUACUAUUAGAAACUUCCCCCUGGACCGUCAACUCGCGAUAGGAUUGACGGGCAGCUACCUAGGAUUAAGUGCUAAAAUCUAUACAGUUAUUGUGAAUGUUGUCUUCGCUUCUUCACCGGACAACAGAGCUAGAGCCUAUCUUUUUCUUAGCUCUGUCUUACCCUUCACAAUUAGUGUCAUAUCAGCACCAGUAGUUAGAGUUAUUAAUGUUGGAAAGAGCAAGAGGGCCAAAGCUGCAUUCAUAUCGAUUCUUGUCAUCACAACAGCCACAGGAGUCUUUGCUGUCAUGGGCAGUUUGGGAUCAGCAUCAAGCUGGUUAUCACCAUUUACUAGUGCAGUUGGUAUGGUAGCGUUGCUAUUAGCCCCACUUCUAAUUCCUUUAGGAAAGCAAAUCAGGCAACUGAUUGUAGUAAGAUUAAAGGGAUUAAAUAGAGAGGAAAAAGUUUAUAUAGAAGAGAAUGUUUCUAUGGAGAAAAUGGAGAUGGGGGUGAAAGAGAGAGAAAGCAUAAGCGAAACGAGAGAGACCAUAAGUGAUACUUUUGAGUUAAGUUUUAGGGAAAGCAUCAGUGAAAUUGAUGACUUAAGCGAAAGUGGAGAUGAUAAUACAAGUGGAACAAAUGAGAUAAAUGUCAUGGAGGAGAUCGGUGUGAAGUUGAUGCUAAGGAGGUUGAACUUUUGGUUGUAUUUUUUUGUUUAUCUUUUUGGUAUUACGCUCGGCCUGGUGUUCGCCAACAACUUAGGACAAAUAGCCGAAUCUCGCGGAUGUUCAGCUUCUGUUCUUGUUUCAUUAUCUUCUUCAUUUGGUUUCUUUGGCCGUCUCAUUCCAUCUUUUGUGGAUUACUUUUUCUCAAGGGGAAAAUACAUGAUAUCAAGAACUGCUUUUGUGGUAGCAUUAAUGGCCCCGACAGGGGGAGCUUUCUUCUUACUUGUCAACAGCACCAACCUCUCCCUUUUCAUCAGCACCGCCAUCAUCGGAGUUUGUACAGGAGCAAUCACUUCCAUUUCCGUAUCUUUAACUACAGAACUGUUUGGGACGAAAAAUUUUGGCGUGAACCACAACGUCGUGGUGGUGAACAUUCCAAUUGGAUCCUGCCUCUUUGGCUACCUAGCAGCUCUUAUUUACCGCAAGGAAGGAAAUGCAGAUGGCAAAUGUUUUGGCAUGGAAUGCUACAGAAAGACCUUCAUUUUAUGGGGUACCCUUUGUUUUCUUGGGACCUUCCUGGCCUUAAUCCUAUAUGCCCGUACCCGAAAGUUUUACAAUUCACAAAGAUCACCAUAGGGAAAGAAGAAAGAAACUACAGAAGCUAAUUAUAUAUACAAAAGAAAAGCUAGCCUUGUAAAUUUUAUGGUGCUACUAAUGAUUUAAGUCUUUUAGAAACUAAUGUAUUUGAGGAAUCAACUCUUGGAUCUUGUAAUGAUUGAGGAAUAUAGUUAAUUACUUUGAUUAAAAGGAG